UUAUCAAUCAUAACAAAGAGACAAACGGAAACGGUGUUUCGACUUUGGAAUUUUCGAAUUCUAUGGAUCAUUGGAUCAUUUACUCAUCUGCCUCGUCUCAUUCAGUUAUACCUAUUUCAAAGUGGCCUUUUUCAUUCAGCUGUCUUUAGUUUGUCUUGCUUGAUUUUGGAUUGACACGAUGCCGGUGUCUGAAUAUUCGAAAGACUCUGACCGAACCACAGAUGUACAGACACACGAUCAGACGCCAUUCGACGCCAUAAUAACGGGCCAUCCACUUAUAUUGAAAGGUCUAUCUGACUGUGGGUUCACAAAUGCUUCUCCGAUACAAGUUGCCGCUCUACCGACAAUCAUCGCAGGACAUGACACAAUAGUUGAAGCGAAAAAUGGAACAGGAAAGACAUUAACUUUUGUUAUCCCAACUUUGAUUAGUCUGAAAUUAGAACAGGUUCAUUUGCAAACUAUUAUUUUGGCACCAACACGAGAAAUUGCUGUCCAAAUACAACAGUGUUUCAAAAAAGUCGGACAGCACUUACCAGAGCUGAAAUGUGAAUACUUCAUUGGUGGUACUCCAGUUGAUGUUGACAAAGAGAAGGCAAAGUGCUGUCAAAUAGCUGUUGGUUCCCCGGGACGUAUCAAACACCUCAUCAAUGAGCACAUAUUAAAAUGUUCAGAAGUAAAGAGCUUUAUACUUGAUGAAGUUGAUAGAUUAGUUACUGACAAAAGUUUUACAAAAGAUGUUCGACUGAUUGAUGCUAAACUUCCAAAACUAAAGCAAACAAUUGUUGUAAGUGCAUCAAUUGAUAAAAAUGAUAUGUCUGUCUUUGAUGAGUUCAUGAAAGAGUAUAUUGUGGUCAAGGGAGCAGAAGAAGAUAUGAAUGCUUUACAAGACCCAUCAAAGUUCCUAUUAGGUAUUAAGCAAUAUGUAGCAUGUGUUAAAGCAGUCAGUACUAAUAUAAUAUUAUUACCUGCAAAAAACGUGCGACUCCUCAAUAUAUUACAAAAUUUGCCAUAUACUCAAUGUAUCAUAUUUACUAAUUACAUGACAAGAGUUGAAGCUGUUUGUAAUAUGCUACGUGACCAUAACUAUAAAGCUGAUUACAUUAGAGGUGAUCAAGAUCAAAGUAUUCGAUUGGAGUUAGUAGAUAGAUUAACAUCUUUUAAAUCAAAAAUACUUGUUGCCACGGAUUUGAUAGCCAGAGGAAUAGAUUCGUCAAACGUAGACCUGGUGAUUAAUAUGGACUGUCCAAAUGACUGGGCUACAUAUCUACACAGAAUUGGCCGAGCUGGAAGAUUUGGAAACAAAGGAAAUGCUUUUACAAUAUUGGAUGAUGACAAAGAGUUGAAAACUUUUAAAAAUAUUAUUAACAGUAUUGAAAGUAUUAAGGUCAAAAUGUUACCGAUAGCAAUUACAAAACCUAUACUUGAAUAUGCAGACAAUGAGCUUCAAGAUCUUAAUUUAACGACUGAACCUGAAAUAUUACCAAUACAAGAAACUGAAAAUGGAAAUAAUGUGAUUGAAGAAAACUUAACAAAAUAUAGUGAAAGUGAUUCUAACUUGAGUCCUAAUGUCAUUAAUUCAAAUAUCAACAGUAUAUCUGAACCAUGCUCUGAAAUAAAAUCUGUUUAUGGGUAUGGUGUGUCUGAAAAGGAGUCACUACAAAAGCUAUGUAAAGUCGUUAAAGAAACCGAAAAGAAACUCAUUGAAGAUAAUAUGGUCGACAAAAGACUUUUAACUGAUGAUAGAUCGUUUGUGUUAUUUGAUCCAGAACCCUUUCUUGAAGACACCGAUCAAUAUCCAGAAUAUAGUCCCGAUGAUCUAUUAGAAAUUAUAACAAAAUAUGAUUCGGAUUUUGAAAAAUAUGAAGCUGAUAAAAACCGAAUGUUAAAAAACACUGUACUCCAAACCGUUAGUGAAAAUGAAUUAUCUAAUAUUAAUCAAGUGUGUGAAGAAAAUGAUUUUACAAAUGUGUCCAACAUUACUGAUGAAAAAAUAAACGAUAUAAACACAGAUCAGCAAUUACAGAGCCAACAUGAAGCUCAAAUUAAUUGUGAAGACAAUAAGCAAUUUGUUAAUGAAAGUUUAUGUUCAGAAAGCAACUUUUCAAGUAAAUCAAACAACAGUGUUGAUGACACUAAAAUUGAUACAAAUAAUAGUCAAAGACUACGAUUCACUGAUAUAUAUAGUUUAUUUCAAAUACCAGAUUUUAGCCUUUUAAAGCCUGCACAGCAUGUUAGUGAAGUUGCCCAUUCGACAGAUGUAGAAGAGAGUGAUGUGUCAACAACUAUAAUAUGUGAAAAGGGAAGUGAAGGUGAAGAAUUGUUUGAUGAAGAAAGCUGCGGCGAAGAAGAAGAAUGUAGUGAAGAAGAUGAAGAUGAAGAAGAAGAUUACUGUGAUGAAGAAGAAUCCUGUGACGAAGAAGAAUCCUGUGAUGCAGGAGAAUCCUGUGAUGAAGAAGAAUCUUGUGAUGAAGAAGAAUACCAUGUUAAACAAGAAAAUUGCAAUGAAGAACAUAGUGAUGGUAAAAAAGAAUACAAAAAUGGAUUUGAGAAGGAAAAACAAGAAAAAGAAUAUGAGGAAGAAAUUAAUUUAGAAGCAGAAGAUAAAAUAUUUGAUGAAGAUAUUACAAAUAAAAAUUGCUCUUAUAAUGAUCAUCUUGACAACCGUGUGAUGUAUUUUGUGAAACACAACAAUAAAUCUAAACAAAAAUCACUUUGCAACAAUAUUCAAGAAUAUAAUAUACCUAAAAGAGAAGAAGAAAUUAUUGAAAACAAUGAUCAACAAAUAGUAGAUUAUGAAAUUUUAAAUGACUGGUAUAGCCAGUGGAAACAGCAAAUGAGUCGCAUACAAACAUUUGUCAGAAUGAGUAAGUGAUUGUCUAGCGUGAUUAGCUUUAAGUUCAAAAGAACUGAAUGAUUUUUUUUUUUUAAGAAACUUUUAACUCUGUAUUAUAAUUAUUAUAAUUUAAAAUGUAGUUUUUCUAUGUUUUGGUGAAUAAUGAUAUACAUUAUACACCUAUUUAAUUUUUUGUGUAGUUUUUUUUCAUAAACAAUAAAACGCCACAAAAUGUAUUUUAAUAA